AUGGAAUCCGAUGAGGAAAAUAUUGAGGCUACGGAUCCACCAAGCGACCUGUUCGAGCGGAUCAAAUCACCAAUCUAUAAUUCACCGUUUACUUCAUCAACUCAUCAUCCCGAUAGGCUAUGGUCUGCGUUUGAAGUCGUGGAAGAAAAAGUGGCAGAUAUCCCACACCUUGACGAUACCACCAUCUCCCGCCAACCAUUCCCGUGUCCGGCCGGUUGUUGUCGGCAACCGUGCUGUUUGUUUAUGUUUACCACACACAUCAGCUUCGACCAUAAGGAUGUACUGGUGGAUACGGUGUGGCCCAGUGAACCGACUACGGUGCUGAUCGAUCCGUACAAUAAAGAUGCGGAACAGCCUCGGUGUCAUAAGCUGUAUCUUGUAAGUGGAAAAAUUCGAGGCCUAGGUGAUGGGAAGCAUCGUGAUAAGCUUCCCUUUGUGCUAAUGUCUUCCAAAUUGUCGCUGCAAGGAUCUGAUCGACUUUUACUGUGGGUUACUGGUCCGGACGCGGGUGGUAGUCUCCGGCAGCAUUACACCAUGGAGGCUGGCCGUAACGAUCACCACAGGUUGCUCCCGUACGCAGUAGCUUUCAGUGGUGAAAUCGUGCCCUUGCACAGUUCGCAGGAUGCUGCCGUGAUACAUCAGGCUGGGGUUGGACUCGUUAUUCCUGAGCAGCAGAUAGACUCGCUUACCGACAGUUGCACGAAACUUCUCGAAGUUUGCGUCCAUUUCUAUUGA